GUCGGCAGGCAGAGUCCGAGGGUGGUGCCAUACCCAGCCCACAGUCUAUGUCCUGGAGAGCCUGGCCUUCAGAGUGCAGCAGUUGUGUCAAUGGGCUCAGCUGAUCAUCGACUGAACCUGGCGGAGAUCCUUUCCCAGAACUAUGGCGUACGGGAGGAAAGGGAAGAAGAUGAUACUCAGGAGAAGCAGAAAUCAUUAGAAGAGCUGGAGAAGGGUUUCAGUGCCCCUCAGAGCAGUGAAAUGCCAUUUGAGGAGCUGCUUGCACUUUAUGGCUAUGAGGCAUCUGAUCCCAUCUCGGAGCAGGACAGUGAGAGCAAUGAUAUUACUCCAAAUCUCCCAGAUAUGACUCUGGAUAAGGAACAAAUAGCGAAGGAUUUGCUUUCAGGGGAAGAAGAGGAGGAGACACAGUCCUCAGCUGAUGAUCUGACUCCGUCCGUCACGUCCCAUGAUGCAUCAGACCUAUUUCCAAACCAGCCUGGCUCAAACAACUUCCUUGCUGAUGAGGACAAAGAGCCCUGUUCAUCUCCAUGUGCUUCCUCCAUGGCUGAGGAUUCGGAGGAGGAUUCCAUCCCAUCCAACGAGUGUAAGAAGGAGAUCAUGGUUGGACCUCAGUACCAAGCCACUGUUCCCGUCCUCCACUUAAACCGGCACGGUGAGAAAGCCUAUGAGAACGAAGAUCAGCUGCUUUGGGACCCAAACGUACUCCCUGAGAGAGAGGUUGAGGAGUUCCUGUACCGCGCAGUGAAGCGGCGAUGGGAUGAGCUGUCUAGCAGCAGCCUGCCAGAAGGAGAGAUGGUGAAGGACAAUGAGCAGGCUUUGUAUGAGCUGGUUAAAUGCAACUUCAAUGCAGAAGAGGCACUGCGAAGGUUACGGUUCAACGUGAAGGUGAUCAGAGAUGAACUUUGUGCCUGGAGUGAGGAAGAAUGUAGAAAUUUCGAACAUGGCUUCAGGGUCCAUGGGAAAAACUUUCACCUUAUCCAAGCAAACAAGGUCCGCACCCGGUCGGUGGGCGAGUGUGUGGAGUAUUACUACAUGUGGAAAAAAUCAGAGCGCUAUGACUACUUCACUCAGCAGACUCGUUUAGGAAGGAAGAAGUACGUCCUCCACCCUGGAGCCACGGAUUACACCGACAAUGACUUGGACGGGGCUGAAGUAGAAAACACCAGUCGUUCCCGGAGCUCCCCACCAAUUCCCUCUGCGACUAGCUGCCUGGAUUCCCACUUUGGCCAAGAUCAGCUCGCCAUAGAGAGCACAGAGCCCCUGAGCGUGGAGAGCACAGCCUGCAGCCUGGGCAGCAUGAGCGAGUCGGGGCAGGGCUACGAGUGCAGCACUCCUUCCGAGACAAAUUGCUCCUUCGACCCCACGGAGGAGACGCCCUCAGGCGCCAUCUCGGCUUCCUGCACCCAACACACUGUCGGCCCCUCGGAGUCGGGGCUCUUUGCUUUGCCGCCAGCAGGACCAGGACUUGCAGAGAAGCAGGAGACGUUGCAGAGCUCUGGUGAGACGAUAACCAUGGACUUCACCCUCCCUGCAGACAUUAACGAGGGUUUGCCUUUACUUGCUGGCCCUGUGGAUUUGGACAGAGACCCAGAGGCAGCGGUGGCCCCUGCGCAAGUGUCCUUAUCGGUCACAGAUUUUGGCCUCAUUGGCAUUGGAGAUGUAAAUAGUUUUCUGACUGCUCAUCAGGCUUGUGCAGCACCUGUGGCUCAGUCAGAGCCGUUGUCACAGUGA